AAAAUAUUUUUUCAUAUAGCAACUGAUUGAUAGCCAUUUUGAAGAGCCUUUUGUUGGUGUUUUGUGAAUGUUUUCAAGUAAAUUUUGUAAUAAACCAUUGAUAUAAAAGUAAAUUAGCUAUUGGAAUAUCAUUGCGGGCUACAAACACCAAAUCAUUACAUGUCAUCACUUUGUGUUGUUUGUUUGUGAAGUCGCAUUGUGAAAAAAAAAAACCGGAAAGGACUCCGCUGUAUUAGGUUUUAUUUUACAUUUAGUGAAGGGUAAAUAAGGAACAAUAAAUCAAUCAACCCUUUUGUUGUAGUUAUUUAGUGAAGUGUAAUUAAACCAAAGCAUUUACGUCGCGUGUAUUCCUUCGACGUAAAUUUGGAUUGUCACAAGAUGGCCGCCAUCGGAUGCUCGCUCCGCCGAAACCCGCUCUCAAAGCGCGAUGUGUCACCCACGGGCGCCCGCUUGGCCGCCAACAUGCUGUGAGCCGGCGUCGGGCGGCGCGCUGCGCUCUCCGGCCCCUUCCGGCGAGGUUCCAUUUCGUAAAAUGGAAUUUCGCUCGAGGCGCCAAAAUACGAUGGGUGUUGACAGCGCUCCAGUACCGUACCGUUACUCCGACGGCCGAUCAAAAUAAUCGUAGACAAAGAUGAGCGAGCCGGAAGACGUCGGAAAGGAUGUGUGGAAGCGAUGGAUACUCGAGGCGAUUCGGAAAAUACGUUCACAGAAACAGCGGCCGAGCGUGGAGCGCAUCUGUCACGCGAUCAGGCAGCACCACAACUAUCAUGAGGACGUGGUCUCCGAGCGCCUGGAGCGGGCCGUGCGCGAGGGCGCCGUGCUGAAAGUGUACAAUAAGGGGCAGAGCUCGUACAAGGACCCAGGGGGGUUGCAAAGCAGGACUCUUAGGAUAGCACCGGACAUCGAUGUGUCGCGGGCAGUGGCUAAAGCAGUGCGCGAGUUAGGAGAACGGGACGGUAGUGACUUAAAGACUAUAGAGAAACAUCUGCAGCAGGCAUACCAAGUGACUGUGGACCCCGAAGUUGAUGUGCGUACAGUGUUGAAGGCCGCAGCGAAGCGGGCCGUUACUAGGGGGUUGAUAACCCACCAUCAGGGAUUUUAUAAGGCUGCGGAGAGACCAAGGGCUGGGUCACAUGAGCGAACUCCGAAGCAGAAGAAGAACCAGGAAUCAGAAAAGAGCCCCGAAGGUUUGCCCAUCUGCGCCGAGUGCCUGGGUACGGAGACCCGCAACAGCAGUGGCGAGCCCGAGCCGCUCAUCAGCUGCCAGCAGUGCAAGUCCUACGCGCACCCCACGUGCCUCAACCUUCUGGACCACACCACACAGACUACUUUAAAGGCGCUGCGCUGGUCGUGCGGCGAGUGCGCGUGGUGCUCGGUGUGCGGCAGCGCGGGCGGCUGGGCGGCGCGCUGCUCCUCCUGCUCGGGCGCCGCGCCCCGCUACGCGCACGCGCACUGCGCGCCGCCGCCCUGGCGCUGCGCCACCUGCAAGGACAUGCCCGCUACUCCCAAGCGGUCGGGUGGUGCGACGACGCCGCGGACGAAGAAGGCGCGCACGCCGCGCCGCGCGGCCUCGGACUCCGAGCCCUCCGACGGUAAUGACCCCCCCGCGCCGCUCGACCAGAGAAUGUCCAAGGAGAAACAAAAGUUUUUCAGAUUCAGCGCUUUCAACCUCGUCAAGCGGCGGCGGCGCGACUCCUCCAGUGACUGGGAGGGCUGGGACCGGGCGAGGUUCAACGGCGUCAGGGUCACGAGAGUCCAACGGUUGGAACUGCGCCUAGAGCGCCGGAGAAGGCGCCAACCCUCAACCGACUCCGACUCGUCCUCGCCCCCGUCCCCCCCUCGAGAACUCUACUCCCCGCCCCCUCAGUCUCCCGUCCACACGCCGACCAUCUUCGAGCGGCUCGCCAGCGACUCCUGCAAAGGCGCCUGGGGUUUCGCCGCCGAAGCGCAGAAGCAGCGGCAGAUCGAAGAGAAACCCGUAGAGUCGAAGCGACGCUCGGAAUCCCCUAGAAAACAGAAGCUAGAGCCGAGAAGGAUAGCUCGGCGGCGCAGCAGAUGCGGCGAGCGGCUCCUGACAACCUUAUUCGACGGCCUGUCGGAGUUUUACUCGGUACGAACGGAAUCUAGAUCCCAGUCGAGGCAUCGCGGGCGGCCUCGAAGAGAAAAAUCCGUCCGACGCGAAUCCCUGACGGAAACCAGAGAAGCCGAGCGACAGGUCCUAAAGGAGACCCGCAGCACCUUCCGCAAGCACCUAGAGACGUUAAAACGCGAGCGCAGCCCGAGCGCGCCCCCAGAUUACAUAGUACCGAAAGAGGAGUGCAACAGUAGACUGUCGGCCUCGUCGCUCGUGCGCCUGGCGGCGUGCAAGCGGCACGCGAGCGACGACAGCGACAAGCUGACGCGCGCGCUCGCGCUCGAGCGAGCCCCGGCCCCCGCGCCCGCCCCGGCCAGCAAUCAGACGGGUAAGGCCGCCGACCCGGCGACGCCCGCCCGCCCCGCCCCGCCCUCGUCGGUUGGCAAGGCAGGGCGGCAGACGGCGGGCGUCAUCUCGGGCCGGCUCCGUGCUGCGGAAAGCAAGAAGCUGCCGCCGGGCGUGACGGCGGGCGACGCGUCGCUGUUCAGCGCGGCGCGCGCCGCGGCCGCGCCCGCCGCCGAGCCCGCGCCCGCGCCCGCCGCCGCGCCGCCGCGCUGCCCCUCCGCCAUCGAGUUCGGCCAGUGGGAGAUCGACACCUGGUACUCCAGCCCCUUCCCGCAGGAAUAUGCCAGGCUACCCAAGCUAUUCCUGUGCGAAUUCUGCCUUAAAUACGCGAAAAGUCGGGCCGUGCUCAUGCGCCACCUCGACAAGUGCCUGUGGCGGCACCCGCCCGCCACCGAGAUCUACCGCUGCGGAGACAUAUCCGUCUUCGAAGUGGACGGAAACGCCAACAAAAUCUACUGCCAGAACCUCUGCCUACUCGCCAAACUCUUCCUCGACCAUAAAACGCUCUACUACGACGUUGAACCAUUCUUAUUCUACGUGUUAACUAAGAAUGAUAAUAAAGGAUGUCAUCUGGUCGGAUAUUUUUCGAAAGAGAAGCAUUGUCAGCAGAAGUACAAUGUGUCGUGCAUUAUGACGAUGCCGCAGUACCAGAGGCAGGGCUACGGGCGGUUUCUCAUCCAUUUUAGUUAUUUAUUAUCAAAAGAGGAAGGUCAACCCGGAACACCAGAAAAACCUCUAUCCGACCUCGGCCGAGUAUCGUACCACGCUUACUGGAAGUCGGUCAUACUCGAGUUCCUCCACGACCACAAAGACAAACCGUUCACGCUCGAGGACAUCGCGCAUACAACGGGCAUGCACAUGAACGACAUCGCCGCCACUUUCCAACUGCUCGGUUUCGUCAGAUACCUACCCAACAAUGACUCAAUGAAACUAGGCCUCUGCAUAGACUGGAAUAAGGUCGAUAGUCACGUGAAAAAAUUAAGAAGUAGACCGCGGUUGGAAAUCGACCCAGAAUGCCUCAGGUGGACGCCGCUUCUGGCCCCCACCAUCAACCCCUUCAGGUCGCCCGACGAAGGCUCCGCCGACCAGGACACUGAGAACGACGAGGAAAUGAAAACUGAGAGUGAAGACACGGCGACAGAACCUGAAACGCCAGUCACCAAAGCGGAGACCAAGUUGAAGACCAAAAUUGAAAAGGAGAAGACCCCUGAACCAGUUGAGGUCACGUCAUCCGGGCGACGGCGGACGAGACCUCUCAAGUACAGUGAAACAACUUACCAGACUACUCCCACGCUCGCUCAGGAGGGCGGUAGAAAGAGGAAACGGGAUGUAAACAGAAAGCUUUCCGAAUCCAAUUUAACUGAGGACGAUAAGAAACCAGAGGAGACGACGCCGCGGCAACAGAGAAGUAAAAGUGUUGCGAGACGGUCCUCCAGAGUCACUCAGAAUGAGCUCAAUGAAGACUCCAAUCCUACUCCGACACCCAGAAGCAGGAGACAGAGUGUUAAAGAAAAGGAGACAUACGCCUCUGAUAGCCAGGAUAGCCAAGAAGAUACCCUCGAGAACUCAGUCGCCGCAACAGCCAGUGUCAAAGCGAAAGCCAAGCGAAAACAUCCCUGGCGUGGUCGUCCUAAGAAGCGACAAAAGGUCACCAAAGCUAAUAAAGUCAGAACUGAUUCCCCUGAUGCCAAGAAAGCAAAAAUGGACGAGGAAACCAACUGCAAAACUGACGACGAUUCUGUGGAGGAAGAAAAGCCCAAAUCGCCUGUUCAAAACAAUACUUCCCCCAAAAGUCAAGAUGUCGAAAAACCCAAGGAGAAAAGCAAGAAUUCAGACAGCUCUGAGGACUCUUCUGGGGAGGCUGAUGAUGAAAUGGAUGUGGAAGAGGUAGAAGACAAAAGAAGUGUAUCCAGCAAACCCGCCAGUCCUCGGCAGGUAGAAGAGAACAGCACUGAUCAUCACACCAGUGACAUGGAACUUGAUAGUAUACACAUGGACUCACCAAAAUCUAUAGCUGAGAAAGAACAAGUUAUUAAAGAAACCUCCACUGAAGACAGUGAGAAAAAUGACAAAGCCAGUGAAGACGUAGAAUCACCCGCCGUCAACGCUACAGAAUCAAAACCGGAGUCGCAGUCGCAAAAAGUAGAUGAGCAGACAGAAGCGAAAAAUGGCGAAAUCAAGUCACCAACUAAAUCUUCGUUAGACGACAAAGAGACUAUAAUCAUAUCAGAAUCAGACGACAAUAACAGCCAAAGUUGUCCGUUACCUUCUCCUAAACCCAACAACACGGUACCGGCGCAAACUAACAAUGAAAACAAACCUAAAGAGGUUGAAGAAAACGAAAGCCCUUCUAAGGUUAUACCAGUUGUGUCCACAGAGAACGCUCACAUAGUGCUAGACCACAAGAUUCAAGAGGAAGUGAAUCCAAGUAGACCACCAGUAGAUCUUAUUGUUCCUAAAAUACAUCAGAUAGAAACUAUAGUAGUUGAAGGAGAGUCUGAUAAUGGCCCAUCGCCCCUUACGCCACCAAAACUGAAUGAUAAAUCUGUUAUCAACGAGUCACCAAAACAAAAAAGGACUCCAGAAAAAGUAAAUUCUGAAUGUGAACAGAAAAAGUGUGAAUUAAGAAAGGAAACAGUUAUCCAACACCAGACUAUGGACGAGCUUAAAAGUACAGAGAAAAAGUCUCCAACUAAACCUGACUCAAUCAUUCAGAAUGUGGACCUUCAAAGAGACAUGAGCAAUAUGAAAUUACCCGAAAUGCCUAAACUUGAUUCCUACCCAGAUAUGGAGAGAAAUAAAUCUCAAAAUUGCGUUGUUAGCAAAGAAAGCGAAAUCACUUUUAGAAAUGACUUGGUUAAUCCAAGAAAAGACGAGAUGGUCAUCACGAGAAAUGUUAUAGAACCAAAUAUGAUCAACUACCAGAAUACUGUGAGUAACUCCAUGACGAUACAGCAAAUUAAUACGGCGCAGCACUCCUACCUCAACCAUAGAGCUAGCGUCAGCAAGGAGUCUCAAGCCGUCCAAACAGACAAAGUUAUGAAGACCAGUGAAACUAACAGAGUUAACAGCAUGUCUGACUCCCCUGUGAUAAGCAAACCGACCAAACUAGAAGUGCCUCAUCCCAUUACAUCCCCAGUCAUCAACCCAGUGAUACCCAAAGUACCCAAUGUUACAGACAUCAAUUUUUUACCUAGAUGCCAAAGCGCCAAUGCCGCUGUAAACUUAGGCUCUGAAAUGGACCCUAAUUUUGCAAAUAGUAAUGCUAUUCAGAAUUCCCUCGGAGGAUCUAUGAAUAUCGUUCAGUGUAGCUCACAGGAUAAGGACUUAAAACCAAGGGAGAAAAGCAAGCUCAGAGAUGUUAGAGUGAAUUCAGCUCACAGCAAAUUGGAGAAACCGGAAAAGAAAAGCAAAAAUGACACUCCGAGAAGCACGCCCGAGCCCAAAGUGGUGUUUUUUCCAGAGCAAAACGCUAACGCGCGAAAGCCGGAGACGUCAGUCCCUAUAAACGUCAUCAAUACCAACGCCGGCCCCGUCACUAGCAAGCCCGAAACAAAACCGACCAACGAAGCGCCGAAGAAGCAAGAUUUUUUUAAGAAAGAGAAAACUAACACCGCUAAAUGUGACUCAAAAAACAACACAGUCAAACAUGACAAAACUUGCACUACGCAGCUCGCCUUAAAACCGGACCAAAAUGAUCUAAACAAAAUGCUCCCCAAGCUACGCUAUGACAAUGAUCUCGUCCCGAAAGACUACCCCAUGAAUCAAAUCCCAAACUACCACACAUCUCAUGCUCAGUACCAGUGGCCGCCCUGGGACCCCGCGCGUCUCGCACAAGGGACAUGGGACCACAACAGAUUUCUCGACAUGAAAAACAGCGACAAAAACUAUCUUGACAAAUUCCAAGGUUUCAAUCUACCUCAUCUUGAACAGAUGCAGAAAUCGCCCCAAAAGCUCCAUCCGAAAUAUGAUCAGAAGGAUUUCCAUAACAUAGCUUACGGGGCGAUUUCAUCCGGCAUCUACGCCACUACCGGCCUUCCGCAUUUUAAAGAAACUAAAGCACCGACUUCAAAAGCGUCCGAAUGCUCGCAGAAGAAUGAUUGUAAACCUUCCAAACAGUCAAAAACAACAACAGCUUGUCAAACGCAGUGCGAGCCGAAAAAAUCUCAGGCGCAAAACGAGGCGCAAAUGAAACAGAUGAUGCAACGCCAAGUCAAACAACAGGAAGCUGUUACCAGCUGCGCCGAAUACCGACAGCAAAGUCCUCAAGUGCUGACCUCCCCUGGCUGUAAAACUCCAUUCAACAACGGUCCAUGCAGCCAAGAGAAGGAAAUAGAAAAGAAAAGUAGACAAAAGAAGGAGGAAUCUCCUAAAGAGAGUAAGGAAGAGAUGUGUGAAGCGGUCAGUCCGGCUUUGCAAUCUAUGGGAGUGUAUACUCCAGACUCGACCAGCAAUUCAGUACAUUCAGUGCAGUACCCUUCUUGUGAACUCGACGUAUCGCAGCUAGGACUAGAGUCUCCCUCAAGUAUCGGAUCGGAUCUGGCGUCUCCGUGUUACAUGCACGCGACGCCGAGCCCUCAGUACCCGCACUCGGCGAUACACAUACCUUCGAUUAUGACGCAGCCCAACCAGCCGCCGAAACAGCAGAAGAUCAAUAACAGAAAUAGAAACGCCGGCGCGAGCAGCGGCGCGGGCGCGGGCGCGGGCGCGGGCGGCGCCAAGAGCGAGCCCGCGCUGCGCGGCGCCGCCACGCCGCCCGCCAGGCACCGCACCACUCCCCCCGCGCACCAGCCGCACGCCGGCGGCGGAGCGGCAGCGGGCGGCGCCGGCGCGGGCUACCAGGGCGGCUACCUCUCCUUCCAGCAGCAGCAGCAGUACCACGGCGGCGGGUGGGCGCCCUCCUGCUCGCUCGCCAAGCUGCAGCAGAUGGCCGAGGCUCCGCAACACCACCACCAGCAGUAUGCGCAGCAGGCGGGCGGCGCACAGCACUAUCACAAGUACUACCCGGCGCCCAACCAACUCGACGCCGCGCGCACCCGGACACACUCUGCGCCCGCGCCUAUUCCAGGCAACCUGUCGCCGAUGCAGCACAUGCAGAUGGCGCCGACGUCGCGCAUGUCGCCCAACCUCAACUCGCACAUCAUCUCGCAGUACGGCGUCGGCGUCGGCCUCGCCAACUCGUACCGCAUGCCGCCGCAGCAGCAGUUCAACAAUCUGCAAAUGAUGAACGUCAACACACCCGUGCAGUACUCCACACCGGAUCCGAGAGCCCAGCAACCGAAUGUGUACGCGUAUGGGUACAUUAAUGCCCCGCCAGCCCUCGGCCUGCAGAGCCUGAACUCUACUAUGCGUCGGUAGCCCAAACCCAAGCCGGGUGACCCGAAAGCUAACGAGUAGUGCUCGAAAUACUCACGCGGCAUUCCAGUGUUUUUGUGACGGACGUCUGUGACGCGCAUUGACCAAAAACCGAUCGUAUCGUAAGUACAAAUAAGUAAGCUAGUGUAUAUAAAGUAGUGUAGGUUCGAUACGCCGCUUCGGUCGCCUUACCGGGUUUUCGGUUGUCGGUAGUGGCUUUUUUUAGUGUAGGAAUCUCGCGCGGUAUCUUGAUGCUGAACAAAGUACAAAAUUGCGGAUAAAUUGUAAUUUAAACCUGUUUAUAUUUGACCGGCGGAGAUAUAGCAUAAUGAUGUAGUGCAAUAAAUUGUAUUCGCUGUUGUAUGUACCGGUUCGUAUCGACCUCGUAUUGUGAUCGUCCGAUGCGUAAUAAAUCAUAAUAAAUUAAUAUAUUCUCAAUUCCCAAAGAAAUUAGUUAGGUCUUUGGUUUUGUUGAAAAGUGCAAUUGUUUUUCGGAUCGCAUAUUGUAUGUCUAAUAACGAAGUAUGUAUAUUUUGUAUACAUUGUAUGUACACAUUGAACUCUGACUGCCGAGUGCAGUCUACGACGACUUUAAUUUAUAAUUUUAAUGUAAUCUGUUCUUCGAAGUGCCUCUUUAUCGUCCUCUCUGCUUAAUUUCCGUGUAAGAUAUUGUAAAUGUAUUACAUUUAGUUAACACAAGGCUGUAUAUAGAUCGCGUAAGUAGGACCUAACACUAAGAUAUAUUAUGAGUUUCGUUUGUCAAUGUGAUACCGGGAGCAGAAUGGAUUGGUUCCGCUCGCUGGUUUGAUUGCUUGAAGCUAAUUUCACACACAGAUAGUUUCCGAACCACAUAAAACUGUAAUACUAUGUAAAAUUUAAUGAAUUACGUAAUAAUUGAAUUAUUUUUUUAAUAAUUAACUGUGUGAAUGACGAAAGUCCAAAUAUUUUUGAGAUUUUUGUUCCUUUUAUGCGGUUGGAAACUAAAUUUGUGUGAAGUUACCGACACCAGUGACGAACAGGCCUAAAUGACGGUUAUCUUUUUUUUAUAUUUUGUAUUCUUUUACACUCGUAGGUUUUAAACGUUUUAUAAUUAAGAUAGUUAUGUUUCGCUUAAGGAUUAUUUCGUGUUAUCCCAGUAAUUUAUUGCCAAAUGUUAUUAACACUUAAUUUUGCGUUUCGUUUUAAGUUUUUUUUAGGUUAGUUGCGUUUAGUUUCUGCACGUACAUUAAAAUUGUGUUAAGAGGCGUUUCGCCGGCCGUCAGUUGAAUUUUGAUAAAGAUCUG